AUGGGUUGCGAUUCUAAAAGAAGGCGUAGAGAGGAUGUGGGUGACACAACGAUUUCAUCAUCCAAGAAGCAAAAGCUGAUGCCGAUGACAGGUUUGGAGCAGACCCAAAAGCUUCUUUGUUGCGGGAUCUUGCAGGAGCUAAUUGAUCACCGUCAUGGCUCUGUGGCUGUUCGAAUCCCUGAUUCUCAGGAGGUUCGAAGGCCUAUGGAUCUGUCCACCGUCAAAUCCAAGUUGGAGAGAGACAACUACUCCAGUAUUGAUGCCUUUGUGGCCGAUGUCAAGCUUACCUUCCAAAACGCGUUAUGGUAUUACUCUCUUGGAGAAAAACAGCAUGCAAUGGCCAAGAAUCUUGGUAAGGUUUUUGAGGCUAAGUGGAAAUUACGGUUUCCUGAAACUAGGUCUUCAAAAGCUUCUUGUGCUAGUUUGGAUAGGUCUGUGUCUCUUAUUACUCCAUUAAGUCUUCAACAACUCAACAACAACAAAAGAGGAGGAGGGGCCAAGAGGUCAUCCAGAAACCUUGACGAAGAGAAGGGUUCUGCUUCUGCUAUCACUUGUGCAGUGGAUAAAGAUAAGGAACGCCGAAUCAAGCGCGGCCUUGACGAAGAGAAGGGUUCUGCUUCUGCUAUCACUUGUGCAGUGAAUAAAUAUAAGGAGCUCCGAAUCAAACGGCUAAGGGAACAGGCUCGAUUCUUGUUACAGGGUGUAUCGUUGGUUGACACUUGA